AUGCAAACACAAAUGUUACCGAUCGAUGUCGAGGGUGGAUUGGAUCGGGUCGAUGCUAUUUUUACUAUUCCUACUGGCCCAAUCGGUCAACAAGAAGUAAACUAUCAUGUCAUCGAUGAACAACGUACACAGUCUAUUGCUCGUUUGUCAAAAGAAGUAUUACCUGCGAAUUCUUCGGAAUCUCCUCUACAAGAAUUACAUUCCAUUAACAUUACGGAUUCACAGUCGUUAAAUAACUCUCCAGAUAAUGAAAUGAAUCAAGUGACGCACCGUGACAUAUCUGACAGUAAUAGAGAAAAGGCUCAGUUUUCAUUGCCGGAAAUUGACAAUACCAAACGACCAGGAAAGAAAUAUCCUAUGAAAAAAACGCAUACCACAUUUAAAAACAUCCAAAAAACUAGAUUCUACGAGAUAACACCUACAUCUGAGAACGAACAAACAUCGUCUCAGUUAUCAACAUACGAACCAACAUUUCCUAUCCCACAGCAUUGUCGUCCUGACGAGAGCAAUAUGUUACAACAACAAGCUGAAACAUUAGUACCUUUUUAUACACUCAAUGAUCUAGCUCAACAUAAUCAUCAAACAGAUGCAUGGAUUUGCAUACUCGAUCAUAUAUACGAUGUUACAUCACUGGUAGAGAAGGUUCAAGGAACAAAACUGUAUCAACAAUUGAUUAGUUAUUCUGGUCAAGACAUAAGUGUAUGGUUUGAUGAAAUUACACGCGAACCACGUAAACGAAUAGAUCCUUAUACAUACGAACCUGUUUCAGUCAUUAACAAUGUAGCAUUAUUGCAAACAUUUGCUACUCCUUUUUGGCAGACAAAAGAAUACUUUAUUGGUCAACUCUCAACAUAUCCUCGAUACAUUCGUUUGAUACAUAACUUCAUGUCUGAUCAUUCGUAUAUACUCGAAGUUGCUGAAGAAGACACCAUUGGACAAAUUGCGAGGAAAUUUUUGAAAUAUAAUUCACAUGUCUUCUCUUACAUUUGGCGAUACAAUGGUCAAAUACUUGAUUAUAAUAAAACUUUAACUGAAAACGGUAUACCAAAUGAAGAAUCAUUUCAUGAUAGAUAUGGCUGGCGAUCAGACAACGAAAACUGUCCUACAAUCAUUCUUUGCUUUUCUGAUGAUUUAACAGUUGCUUGA